AUGCAGAAUCCUCUUCACCUGCAGCUCAGCAUUGAAAAUUCCCUAACUUCCAAUGCCGAUGUCACUCUCUCCAUACUUACGAUGAACAACUGGUACAACUAUAGCAUACUCCUAUGCCAAGAAGACUGGAAUAUAACCGAUUUCCUCACGCUAGCACAAAAUAAUUCCAGAUUUCACCUUGGAUCAAUUCUAAAUAUCACAGUAAAGCUCACCCUGACUAAUGACGUUAUGAGCUACCUACAGUUCAACCUAGAAAGUAUAAAGGACACCACAUCUACUAUCGUUAUGUUUGGUUGUGAUAUGGAAGACACAAGACGAAUAUUUGAAACAACUGCUCAGUAUGGAAUAGCAUUACCCGAAUUUUAUUGGAUUUUUGGAGACUCCCAAAAUGUUGAUGAAUUAAAGACUGAAGGAUUACCUUUGGGUCUGAUUGCUCAUGGGACAACUGCUGCUUCCUAUUUUGAACACUAUGUGCAAGAUGCAAUGGAACUAAUAGCCAGAGCAGUUGCCACAGCUACAAUGGAUCAACCAGAGUUGGCGCUUAUUCCCAGCACAAUGAACUGCAUGAGCAGAGACAGCUUGAAUCUUACAUCUGGCCAAUACUUAUCCAGGUUUUUGACAAACACUUCUUUCAGUGGUGUAAGUGGACAUAUCAAAGUUAAAGAUUCAUCCAUUAUCAACUCAGAAAACCAUUACUUUAUCUGGAACUUACAACAUGAUCCAGUAGGUAAUCGUAUGUGGACUCGACUUGGAAGCUGGAAGGAUGAAAAAAUUAUCAUGGAUUAUGGACUGUGGCCGGACCAGGCUCAAAGGCACAAAAAUCAUUACCAACAACCAGCACGACUACACCUUAGAGUUGUGACUUUGAUCGAGCCGCCAUUUGUCUUUACAAGAAAUGUAGAUAGCGAUGGUCAAUGCCCAGCAGGCCAGCUUUGCUUAGAUCCCAUGACUAAUGAUUCAGGAGUAUUAGACAGUCUUUUUGAAAGUUUGCAAAGUGGUAAUGACUCGGUGCCAAUUGAAUACAAAAAGUGUUGUUAUGGUUAUUGCAUUGAUCUGUUGGAAAAAUUGGCAGAAGAUCUAAACUUUGACUUUGAUUUAUAUAUCGUUGGUGAUGGAAAGUAUGGAGCUUGGAAGAAUGGUCAUUGGACAGGACUUGUGGGAGAUCUUCUCAGUGGUGCUGCCCACAUGGCUGUGACCUCAUUUAGUAUUAACACAGCUAGAAGCCAAGUCAUUGAUUUUACUAGUCCUUUCUUUUCGACAAGUUUAGGUAUCUUAGUAAGGAGUAAAGAUACAGCUGCACCAAUUGGAGCUUUUAUGUGGCCACUUCAUUGGACAAUGUGGCUGGGGAUUUUUGUAUCACUUCAUGUUACUGCAGUAUUUCUAACACUUUAUGAGUGGAAAAGCCCCUUUGGUAUGACUCCAAAUGGCCGAAACCGCAGCAAAGUUUUUUCCUUCUCUUCUGCACUAAAUGUGUGUUAUGCCAUAUUAUUUGGCAGGACAGCUGCUAUCAAAACACCUAAAUGUUGGACCGGGAGAUUUCUAAUGAAUCUAUGGGCUAUAUUUUGUUUGUUUUGUCUGUCAACAUAUACUGCUAAUUUGGCAGCUGUCAUGGUGGGGGAAAAAAUUUAUGAAGAGCUUUCUGGAAUACACGACCCUAAGCUUCAUCAUCCCUCCCAAGGGUUCCGCUUUGGCACAGUAAAAGAGAGCAGUGCUGAAGACUAUGUAAAGAAGAGCUUUCCAGAGAUGCAUGAAUACAUGAGAAGAUACAACACCCCAUCCACAUCUGAAGGAGUCACAUUUCUGAAGAAUGACCCUGAAACAUUAGAUGCUUUUAUCAUGGACAAAGCACUUUUGGACUAUGAAGUGUCUAUUGAUGCUGAAUGCAAGCUGCUGACAGUGGGCAAGCCAUUUGCAAUUGAAGGUUAUGGCAUUGGUCUUCCCCCAAACUCUCCUUUGACAUCAAACAUAUCUGAACUGGUCAGCCAGUAUAAAUCAAGUGGAUACAUGGACAUGCUUCAUGACAAGUGGUAUAAAGUGGUACCUUGUGGGAAGAGAAGCUUUGCAGUCACUGAGACUCUGCAAAUGGGUAUCAAACACUUCUCCGGGCUGUUUGUCAUGCUCUGUAUAGGAAUUGGAGUGUCUAUUCUUACCACCAUUGGGGAACAUAUUGUCUUUCGAUUGGUCUUGCCAAGAAUUAAAAAGAAAUCUAAAUUAAAAUAUUGGCUUCACACUAGUCAGCGACUCCAUCGAGCUUUAAACACAUCAUUCAAUGAAGAAAUUUUUCAGCAAAAACUGAAACGACUGGAAAGAAGGUGCAAUGCAGGAAACAGUCAGCCACGUGUAUGGAAUACUGCCAACCAAAGCAGCUGUAACAGGAGAAAGUUUAUUCCAAAAGAAGCACACAAUGAAUUAAGUUUUAGGCAUCAGCAGGAUUUGCCAUUGCCACAGUUGAGGAGAGAAACUCCAAAAUUGCUUACCACAAAUGGUAAGACUGAAUCCCUAAACAUUUCUAGAGACUCAGUGGUGCAGGAACUGACAGAACUGGAAAAACAGAUCCAGGUUAUUAAGCAAGAAUUGCAAAUAGCCAUGAACAGAAAAAAUGAACUGGAAGAAUUCCAGAGGAAAAACAGGACUGCUGAAUCUUAAAAGCAGCUUCCACAUCUCAAUAUAGGACCUGGAUGAAUAAGAAGUCUUGGCUGUGACCUAAAUCUGUGUAGUCACUGGACACGUGGAUAUCUACUGUACAUGAUAUGAAUAUUUCUUUACUUCUGAUGAGUUUCAUUUGUCUUUUUUUGUAAGAUUUAACCUGUAUUUCUCUAGUCUGUGUGAACUGUUCUCGAUAUAAAAACGUGACCUUGGAGUCUUUUAAAAACUCAGAAACACACUCAACCUCAUAUCCCCUCCAUGGUAUUAAAGGAAGGUUUUCACUUCUGAGCCCCUCGGUGUGUAUUAAUAAAACUAAAAUGGCUUUGAAUUAUCUCCACUAUGUCCUUUUGCUAGUAUUUUUAACUUUUAUGAAGGAAAUUUGCAUUUAAUGUGUAUCUGUGAAAUUGAAAAUUCAGCAGUUUGAGACUAGUGGAGAAUGAGGGUGAAAAAUUAAUUGCUCAUCCACACUAUAAUGGACUUCGGAAGGAACUAAAGCAUCAUGUUUGAUGAAUCUGAAAACUGAAUACCUUUUUGAAGAGGUCAGUGAAAGACAAUAAAAAAGAUUUUACGUUUA